UCAUUUUGCACUUUGUAUGCCCUGAUUCUCUCUCCGUAUACCCUCCUUAAAGAACUCACGCAUCUUUCCCUUACCAACUACCACAACUUGUUGGGGAUUAGAAACCAACAACUCGUUGCACCUUCGUUCUUCCUUUUUACUCGUUUUAACUUGAAUUUUUUUUCAAAGUGAAACGAUAAAAACUUGCUGCUUCUUUCUUUCUAUCGUCUCAUUUAUAGAUUCCCCGAUAUACGCGUUCCUAUCCGCUAGCUCUGCUACACGUUCGCGUUUUCGCUUUCAUACUCCUGUUAUCAUCUGCGUGGUAGUACAUAUAACGAUCUGAUCUUUGUUGUUUAACGAUUAUAACCAAAGCUCAGAAUCUAUAUACAUUUUCUACACCACCUUGACAACUAUCAGCACAACUUGUCAUUUCGUCCCCUUUGAAGAUAUCUUUUUCACAAAGUGAAAAUAUAGAUUCUUAUUCUUGGAAAAAUAAAAGUUUUAGGCUAUUACAAAAAAUCUAGCCUACAGACUCUAUUCUAGGCUAAUUUUGCGGACUGAAUCUUUUCGUAUUCUUUUCCAAUUACCGUAACCAAGUUUCGUUUGAUUUCCUUUAUUUUUUCUAUCUAGUUGGUAUAGUCUUCCUUUUCCUUUUCUGGUCAAGGAUUCCCGAUUUGAUUCCUUCACUUCUUUUUUAUUCGUUUUGGUCUCAAAUCUUUGCAUUUUCGUUUUAUACCUCAUUCGUUAAUUUUUAUUGACCAACACUAUACAGUUUUCUAGGAAACGACUCAACAAUCCUUUGUUAAGAUUCCACAUUUUCAUUAGUUAUUCUUUGUUGUAUUUUUUAACAAGAUGACCCAACACGCUACCAAUUACUCUUUUGUUAUAGACCCUCCUGCUCGUCUUCACAAGGAUGCCUCUGUUCCCAAGCCUAACAUCUCCAGCAUGGAGGAGUACAAGGCCAUGUAUGAACAAUCCAUACGUGAUCCCACAACCUUUUGGGGAAAAAUGGCCCGUGAAAUAAUCCAUUGGGAAAAGCCUUUCGAAACUGUCAAGCAAGGCUCCAUUGAAAAUGCUGAUGCCGCUUGGUUCACUGACGGUUUAAUUUCUCCCUGUUAUAAUCUUGUCGACCGUCAUGCCAUCGAGCGUCCUAAUGACAUUGCUUUGAUAUACGAAGCUGAUGAACUUAAUGAAGGCCGCAACAUCACUUAUCGUCAACUUUUGGCUGAUGUAUCCCAAUGCGCUGGUGCAUUAGCUUCGCUUGGUGUUACCAAAGGUGAUCGUGUUGCCAUUUAUAUGCCUAUGAUUCCAGAAACUAUAAUUGCUAUGUUGGCCGUUAUUCGUUUAGGCGCUAUUCAUACCAUCAUUUUUGCUGGUUUCUCUUCCGAAUCUGUGACUGAUCGUAUCAAUGAUUCUUCUUCCAAACUUAUCAUCACCUGUGAUGAAAGCCAUCGUGGUGGUAAACGUAUCCCUCUCAAGUCUGUUGUUAACAGAGCAUACCCCAACUGCCCCACUUUAACCAACGUUCUUGUUUUCCAACGUUCUCCUAAUGCUUCCACUGCUAUGGAAGAAGGACGGGAUAUUUGGUGGCACGAUUUAGUACCAAAAUUCCCCAAAUAUUGCCCUCCUGCUGUUGUCAACCCUGAACACCCAUUAUUCCUUCUCUACACUUCUGGUAGUACUGGUAAGCCCAAGGGUGUUGUCCACACCACUGGUGGAUACUUGCUUGGUGCUGCUGCCACUUGCAAAUACAUAUUUGACCUUCAUCCUACUGACCGUAUGGGUUGUGCUGGUGAUGUUGGUUGGAUUACUGGUCAUACCUAUAUCGUUUACGGUCCCCUCAUGAUUGGUUCUGCCACCCUUGUAUUUGAAGGUACGCCCGCUUAUCCCGACUAUUCUCGCUACUGGGACAUGGUAGAACGUCACAAGUUGACUCAAUGGUACAUUGCUCCUACUGCGAUCCGUCUUCUUCAACGCGCUGGUGACGAAUAUGUCAAGCAUGACCGUUCAUCUCUGCGUGUCUUGGGUAGCGUUGGUGAGCCCAUCGCCCCUGAAUCUUUUAUGUGGUACUAUAAUGUGGUAGGACAAGGCCGAUGUGCCGUAGCUGAUACAUAUUGGCAAACUGAGACUGGAUCUCAUAUUGUCUCUUCUAUGGGUCCUAUUACCCCGAUGAAACCUGGUUCUGCCACACUUCCCUUUUUCGGCAUCGACGCUGUAAUUAUUGACCCUCUCGAUGGUAAAGUCAUUGAAGGCAAUGAUGUUGAAGGUGUACUUGCCAUCCGCAGUAGCUGGCCCAGUGCUGCCCGUACCGUCUGGAGAGGACACGAUCGCUUUAUCGAUACCUACUUGAAGCCUUAUCCUGGUUUCUACUUUACCGGAGACGGUGCUUAUCGUGAUAAAGACGGCUAUAUUUGGAUUCGUGGCCGUGUUGAUGAUGUUGUAAAUAUUUCUGGUCAUCGUUUAAGCACAGCUGAAAUUGAAGCCGCAUUAAUUUCUCAUGAUUCUGUUGCUGAAUCCGCUGUUGUUGGUAUCCCUGAUGAACUUACUGGACAAGCUGUUAAUGCCUUUAUUCUUCUUAAACCAGGCGUAACUGCCAACGCUGAUCUUGAGAAGCAGUUAAUUAUGAGCGUUCGUUCUACCAUUGGGCCUUUCGCAACUCCUCGUAAACUUAUUUUCAGUGAUCUUCCCAAGACCAGAAGCGGUAAAAUUAUGCGUCGUAUUCUCCGUAAGAUCCUUGCUGGCGAGGCUGAUCAAAUUGGUGAUGUGAGUACUCUUGCCGAACCCAAAGUGGUGGAACAUAUUAUUCACGCUGUUCAUCAUGCUCAUCAAAAGAGUGCUUAAAAUAGAUGAUUUAAAUGGCAUUUGCAAAAGUAAGCAUAUGUGCGGGGAGGUUUUGAGUUAUGGAAUCGUAAAUUCCUUAUUCAAGUUCAGAUCUAUGAACGUCAAGAUUAACCAUAACUUUUUGAUUUCAUGAAAAGUUGUCCAAGAGCCCAUGAGCUUUUGAUAAAGCUGUACAUUUUAAUUGUGUUGAUAAAGAAUUGAUUUUCAAUUUUUUCAUAGUGAAUUUUAGAAGUAUGCGAAUUGGUAGAAUAACUUUUGAGUAAAUUCUGUAAGAAAUUAACAUUUGAAAAGGCUAGCUUAAAUUCGAUAUGACAAGCAAACAUGUUAUUGCAAGGAAGUACUAAAUUAAUCACUUACGAAUAAGUUAUUGGAAGAGUGGA